CUUCGAAUAACACAAUCUAAGCUUGAUUAAGAAAUUAUAGUACACUGCUCACUUUUCUUUUGUUCCUAUAUGCUAUUACAAUAUCAUACUGGCUCCAGCAAUGCCUGUAUUCCAAAGCAAAACAUUUCGUCGUGCAACAACAGCUUCGUCUUCUCUUGGAGAACGGAUCGGCGAGGCCUAUCGUGCUAGAUUACCCAAGCAUCCGUUUAUUCUCUUUGGACUUCCAUUUGUAAUGAUCAUAGUCGCCGGAUCAUUUGCUUUGACCCCUGCUGCUGCUUUGAGAUAUGAACGAUACGAUCGCAAGGUGCAGCAAUUAAGUCAAGAGGAAGCAAUGAAUUUAGGUCUGAGAGGAUCAGACGGAGAAGAGGGGAUUAAAAGGAAUCCCCGGAGGAGAAUCAUUGGAGAUGAAAGGGAGGAGUACUACAGGCUUAUGGCCAAGGAUUUGGACAACUGGGAGCAAAAACGAGUACAAAGAUUUAAGGGCGAACCCGAUGGGAAAUUGUGAAUCUACUUGCCCAAGCAGUGGAACUCUUUUAUAUAUUUUUAUUUGCCGGCAUUUCUUCGUUUUGCGAUAGCAUUCGCGACUACUGUUUCUUUCUUUCCCAAGAGUCCUACCUACAGUGUGUCGUCUUUUUUACCCUUGUUCUCUCUCCAAUAUACAUGUUGGUAAAUUUUUGGUUAACUAUUUACCAUACAAUAUUUAAAAAGGA